AUGUUGUCAUGUGUCUGCUGCUGGCUCCAGCCGUUCUCCGUCCUCGUCGCCCUCCUGCUGGCCUUCUCCGCGCUCCUGACGCUGGGCGAGAACUGCCCCGCCAGCUGCCUGUGCCCGGACCCGCACACGGUGGACUGCAGCGGCAAAGGGCUGACCCGGCUGCCGGACUCCAUCCCGCUGGACGUGCGGCGCCUGCUGCUCUCCGACAACUGGAUCCCCUGGAUCCCCGCCGACUUCCUGGUGCUGUACAGCGACCUGGUCUACCUGGACCUGCGCAACAACUCGCUGGCGCGCAUCGAGCCCGGCACGCUCGGCACCUCGUCGCGGCUGGUCUUCCUGGACCUGGGCAGCAACAACCUGACGGAGGUGGUCAGGGGGACGUUCGGGGAGUCGCGCAGCCUCAUCAAGCUGCGGCUGGGCAACAACCCGCACCUGAGCGCGGUGGACGAGGACGCCUUCGCGGGCCUGACGUCGCUGCGCGAGCUGGAGCUGGAGCGCAACGCGCUGACGGGCCUGCAGGUGGGGGCGCUGAGCCAGCUGCCCUCGCUGCGGCUGGUGCGGCUGGAGGGCAACCCAUGGGUGUGCAACUGCAGCUUCGCCAACCUCUUCUCCUGGCUGAUGGAGAACCGGCAGAAGCUCCCCAACGACAUGGACGGCCUGGAGUGUCUGCUUCCCAUGGACGGAGGGCGCCGCGUACCCCUCACCCAACUGUCCCAGGACAGCUUCCGGGAGUGCCAGGUCACCCUGACCCUGACCGACCUGCUCAUCAUCAUCUUCUCGGGCAUCUCCGUGUCCGUGGUGGCCAUCAUGGCCAGCUUCUUCCUGGCCUCCACCGUCCACUGCUUCCAGCGCUGGAGCAAGGGCAAUAAGACGGAGGAGGAGGAGAGCGAAGAGUGAAGGCCUGUGGAAGGACUGUACAGUACGUGAGGAUUGGAGCCAGAGCCAAUAAUACCAUGUACCCUGACACACACACACAAAGGUGUGCUGAGUCUGACCACCAUCUUCCCGGGCAGCUCAUUGAAUGAGAGCAGAAACCAAUGGGGAAGGUGCUUGCUUCGAGGUGACUUGAAGGCAGCGUGACUGAUCACGUGACUUUGCAAACAUCAAGCAAGCGCUCGAGGAGGAACUCCUGAGGUGAAGCGUGUCAUUCAGUUAUGUCUGAGAAGCCAUUUGUCUUUUGUCUCACCCUCCUUGGGGAGCUGAGUGGCACUCAGUGAUGGUCUCCUAGUCUUUCUAAGAAGCCACGAUAGCAUAGAAGAGCUCUGUGUCAAAAACCUAGUCGAGCUUCAAACAGGCCUUAACACGCACACUGCCAGGGGUUUGCUGGUUCUACAGUACUUUAUGGGCUAUUUCAUAUGUCCGUGUUAAAUGGGCCCUUGCCAUUCAAUGUCUUGUGAUGUGAAUUUCCUCAGAGGCCAGUUUAGUAAUCUGGGUAAAAAAAAAACUGGUCUCCUGUCUGUAGUCGAUAUUAUGCUGUGUUUUGAUUGGCGUGAUUAUCCACAGCGCGGUAUAACUGAGUAAUAUAUGAACCAAGUAGCUAAACGCUCUCAAAUAUGUACCAUAGUAAAACGUCAUGAAGAUUUAUUUAUUUUUGUCGAAGUAGGAAAGUAUAGCCCCAUGUAAUGGUAAAUAAUUCUCUGCCUUUACAACUCUCUCCAAGAUCACAUCUCCUUGACCAUUGUGUCAGAAUCACGACAAAAAUGUACUUGGACAAAUUACAGAUUAUAACCUAGUUAGUAGAAUUGCUGUGUACUGCACUUUAAAUGGUGUCCAUUUUACUUACAGUCUAUUCUGCAGGCCCUCAAUCCACUAAGUGGACUGAAUUUGCUCUGAUCUGCCAAAGACUAGGCGUAGACAUGACAAGCCAAGUAGGCCUACUUUAAGUAUCUGAAGGGUUUUCAA